AUGUACACUUUAGGAUCCAUUGGGGGGCACAACAUCGUUAUAGCCUGCUUACCGAAAGGUAAAUACGGCACUAAUUCAGCAUCGAUAGUCGCGACCCGGAUGGUUGGCACUUUCCCAUCCAUCAAGGUCGGCCUUAUGGUUGGGAUUGGUGGUGGUAUUCCACCGAAGGUUAGACUUGGAGAUGUGGUGGUUAGUGCGCCUGUUGAUCAGUUUCCUGGAGUGGUUCAGUGGGAUAUGGGCAAGGCAGAAGAGGGUGGCAAUUUCAAAAGGACUGGGGCACUGAAUAAUCCCCCAAGCGCGCUGCUGACAGCAUUGACAAAGUUGGAGACCAAACAUGAGAUGAGCGGAUCCAAGGUACAUCAAUAUUUGGACGACAUGGGGAAAAGAUGGCCAAAACUAGUGCCGAAAUACACCAGAUACGAUUCCCUUAAGGAUCCUUUGUUCAGUUCAGACAGCUCCUCCAACAGACCGAGUCAGCCUCAAGAAGUACACAUCCAUUAUGGCUUAAUCGCAUCCGGUAAUCAAGUGAUCAAGGACGCCAAGCUUCGUGACAGUCUCAACGAGAGUCUCGGCGGGAAUGUCUUGUGUGUUGAAAUGGAGGCGGCAGGGCUCAUGAAUGAUUUCCCAUGCGUUGUUAUCCGGGGAAUCUGUGAUUAUGCCGACUCACAAAAGAAUAAAGAUUCACAGGAAUAUGCAAGGUAUGCUGCAGCAAUCGCGGCUGCAUAUGCGAGGGAAUUGCUCGAGGAGCUACCUGUGGCCAAAGCAGAUGCAAGAGAUACCUGCAUGCCCAAUCCUCCGAAUGAAGAAAGCCAAGACGCAUUUAAGAUCGAACGGGGGAACUUCGACGUGGAACUGGUUCCCUUCUUUACGGAACGAUCUGUAGAAAUCAACCAGAUACGGCAGCUUUUCCAGCUGAGUCGUUCAAAGACUACUGUGGUUUUGUAUGGUUUAGGUGGCAUUGGCAAGACACAGAUCGCUCUGAAAUACGCGAAUGACUACAGAGAUGAAUACUCUGCCAUUUUUUGGGUUAAUUACCGAAGUACAGACACUGUGAAGCAGAGUCUAUUCGCAGCCGCAGAGCGAGUCCAUCGGAAAUACCCCUCCUGGCCUGGCUUGAAAGAGGCUUUAGAAUUUAAUGAUGUCAACAAGGCAUCCUUGACCGUCAUUGACUGGCUGAGUCAGGAUCAAAAUAAUCAAUGGCUCGUCAUUUGCGAUAGCUAUGAUCAGUGUCAGACGGACGACUCCAAGCAGGAGAAUUGGGAUCUUCACAGAAUGCUCCGAGCUCAUCAUGGCCACAUACUCAUCACAUCCAGAUGCCGACAAUCGGACCUAUGGCAUCAUGUUCAGAUAGAGAAAUUUACGGACUUGAGCCAAGGAGUAGAUUUACUGCUCAAACGUUCCGGCCGGGCAUCCUUACGUGACGAUCCAGAUAUACAAAGACUGGCUCAAACAUUAGAUGGACUACCACUCGCUUUAGUGGCAGCGGGUGCCUACCUAGGCAUCUGCCUAUACAGCUGUUCAAAAUAUCUCAGUGUGUACAAUCAAUCAUGGCUGCGGCUGCUUAAGGAAACACCAACAUCCGACGCGUAUGACCGGACUCUCUAUUCCACUUGGAAUCUGACUUGGGAGCGUAUUUGUACAGUCAACAAGCUUGCUGCAAACCUCUUGCAGUUCUGUGCCUAUUUUGACAAUAAAGGUCUCUGGUUUGAGCUGUUCCAGAUGGGCAAUGGACUCGACAAGCCUGAAUGGCUUCAAAGACUCACAGAAGAUGAAUUUGAAUUUGAGGUCGCUGUGCGGAUUCUCCGUGAGCAUGCGCUUGUCGAGGAGCAGCCAGGCGUGAGACAUGACAAGAGUGGUUCAAUUAGGUUCAGUAUACACAACUGCGUGCAUUCUUGGACAAUACAUGUCCUUAAUGAAAACUGGAACUACGAAAUGUCUUCGUUAGCUUUGGGCUGUAUUGCCAGCAAAAUACCGCGAGAAAGCACUCCUUCGUUCUGGCACAUAUCGCAGGAUUUACUAGGUCAUGCGAACUGCAUUAUUGAUCUCUUCUCUCGGAAGCGGCUCAUUCAGGGCUAUACAGAAGCCCAGGUGGAGCAAAUGCAGGAUGUUAUUGGUUUCUUCCUUGCGCGAGACAGACCAGAAGCUGUCGAGAAGGUGUGCAUAAGCCUCCAUGAACAGGUCGAGAAAAUGUUUGGCUACUAUCACCCAGCUACAUUUACCCUCAAGUGGCUCAUGAUUGGCAUUUUUACCCGCCUGAAAAAUUAUGACGAGGCAGAAAUCUUGUGCAAUUGUACCCUGAGCCGGUUCAGCGACGACCCUAAUGUCAAUGAAGGACGUGCGAAACGAUCGUUCACUCUUCUACUGGCACAGAUUUUUAUGCUCAGAGGACAGACGGGAAAGGGCGAGGCCCUGUUAUUAGGACCCUCAACAUCCUCCCAAGACGAGGGAAUAUCGGGUCUCCUAUUUGAGAAGAACCUGAUAUCUCGAUUAUGGACACAAUAUCUCGCGCAGGACAUGCCGAGAGAUAUGCAAACAUGGAUGGAGAACCACCUACGCAUGGAAGAAACAGGCAAGGCGAGAAGUUGCCAACAAUCAUUCAACCUCCUUUGUACUAGGGUUUACCUGUGCCUUUCCCAGAAUGAAAACAAAAAGGCCAAGGCUCUGCUCGACGAAGCACGGGAGAUGUUUGAUCGAGAGAACUCGGCUGAUUAUGCCAAGGCUUCUAUGUUCUCCGCCCUUGCUGGUCUGUAUAUCAAACUGGAUGAGCACGGGGACUUGAAGAGUCUCUGCGACAACGCGACGACUGGAGACUGGGAGUCGCUGUGGCAGAGUGAUGUUCAAUUCUCUUGCUAUGUCGUCCUCAUGAGGUGCUAUGUCCACUUGAGAGACGGCCAACUCGACGAAACUGUGGCUCUAUGCCAGCGGGCUUUGAAUAAGCUGCAAAACUCUCGAGCGCCAGGUUCAGCACAGAGGCAGAGCGUGCUGAUUAUGUUGGGAUCAGUGUACAUGCUGCAGGAGAGGCUUUUGGAAGCAGAGAAACAGUUCGCUGCAGUUAUUCAAGAAACAAGAGAAUCCAAGCAGCAGUGUACGUCAGCCAGCUACGAACAUGUCUUGGCCACAAUGAGUGCUCUGGCAGAGCGUUAUAAGGACAGAGGCGAGCAAGAUAGUGUUCAAAGGUGUCUGAAGUUGGUAGAAAAAUGCCAGGGUGAGCUAGUAAAGGCGAGGCACGGCGGACUGAAUGGACAAAACAGCCAAAAUGAAAUUUUACAAGCAUUACCUUCCACCACGCCGCCGCUAUUGCGAUUACACACACCACGCGCACCAGCAGCACCACCUCGAUAG